GGAACGAACCCGUCGGUUUGGACUGCAUAAAGCGGCAAAGAGUACAUACAGGUGAGAGAAGAGGAGCAAAAACAGGGGAGAUGCCGAUCGAGACUCCGCGAGGGCUCCCUUUCUCCGUCGAUACGUGGAGCCACGCCUCUAUGCUGAAGCGCCAUCAUUUCCUCACACAUGCCCACAAAGAUCACCUAUCUGGAAUUGCCGCCUUCUGCUCUUCUAUUUAUUGCACUCGCCUCACCAAAACCCUAGUGCGCCGCCAAUCUCCUCAGCUUGAGGAUUCUUUGUUUGUGGAGAUUGAGUUGGGUGAGUUAAUGGUUAUCAAAGAUCCGGAUGGGGAUUUUUCAGUGCGUGCUUUUGAUGCGAAUCACUGCCCGGGUGCUGUUAUGUUCUUGUUUGAAGGUGAAUUUGGUAAUAUUCUGCAUACCGGGGAUUGCAGGUUAAACCCUGAGUGCCUGCAAAAUAUGCCUCUAAAGUAUGCCAAUAAGAAAGGGAAGGAUUGUAUCCUAGACUAUAUAUUUCUUGACUGUACCUUUGGCAGAUGCUCUAUUAAGAUUCCAAGCAAAAAAUUAGCCAUCGAACAGGUAAUAAAGGGCAUAUGGAAGCACCCAAAUGCAUCGGUAGUGUAUCUUGCUUGUGAUAUGCUUGGUCAGGAAGAUAUACUUGUUCAGGUGUCAAGGGCUUUUGGAUCCAAGAUAUAUGUUGAUGAAAUAAAAAACCCAGAUUGUUUUAAUGUUCUUUCACUAAUGGCUCCAGAAAUUCUUUCAAAAGAUGCUUCUUGUAGAUUCCAGCUGAUUGAAGGGUUUCCAAGUUUGAAUGAAAGAGCAAGUAAAAAGAUAGCAGAGGCAAGGGCAAAUUUUCAACCAGAGCCUCUUUUUAUUCGUCCCUCUACGCAGUGGUACACCACCAAUGAUCUGGAACAUAGACUAAGCCUGUCGGAAGCAGUAAGAGAUGAAUGUGGAGUUUGGCAUGUAUGCUACUCAAUGCACUCUUCCCGAGAAGAACUUGAAUGGGCCUUGCAAAUUCUCCAACCUACGUGGGUCAUUUCAACAACGCCGCCUUGUCGAGCCAUGGAACUUGAUUAUGUCAAAAAGCAUUGUUACAAAACUCGAAUAACUCAUGAUGAUCCUAUAUGGAAACUGUUCAAAGGUAGUAUUGCCUUUUCAGCUACCACAAAUUCAGAGUUACCGAGGAACAUUGAUGCUGCCACUGCUGAGGUUUCACAGGUCUCUGAAGAAUUUGGUGUUGUGAAUCGAAAAGAGUUGUCAGUAGAUCAUCUUGAGCAUAAAUUGGAUUUUUCUGCUCCACCUGUUGCUGUGCCCAUUACAUUAUUUGGCAGAGCUAGACUUACAGACCAGCAUAUUAAUAUCUUACUUGAAGAAAGGAAGCACUGCUCAGCAAAUAGUAAGAAUAUCCCAGUUGUUUCCAUGCAAGAGGUUGGCGAUGUUCACGACUCUUGGAUUAUUUCGGAGCCUAUGGAUACAACCGAGUCUCUUCAAACACGAAAACAGACAUUAUCUUCGCAGGAUACCUUUGUUGGGCCAAAUGUGGAGAAAGGGAAAGAUAUUUAUACUCGAUAUGUACCCAACAAGGUGAAUCAUGCUCUUGAGCAAUUCAAGGGAGUAGAUGAGCAAAAGUGCUUGGUAGAUAUUGCGUCAACUAAGGUUUCUGUUACUGCAGGACAAAAUUUUGAGUACUCGAGGGAUGGUAAUGCUUCUAGUGAGACUGACACGUACUAUAUAGGAUCAUCUAAGAAUUUAAAUGUAAAAUUGAGGAGGCUAUACAGAUCCAUGAAUGUCCCAGUUCCUUGUCCUCUUCCUUCUGUCGUUGGUCUCAUGAAUUCUAUUAAACGCAUUAAGACUGUUGCUGGUAGCGGCUUAUAAAAUCUGAAUUGUUUCUUUGCUUCAUUUGACCACAUCCCCAGCUACCUCAACAUUGGCCAGGCAUGCUGUAUAUAAAUUCUUUAUCGAUUCUUCAUGAUUUCUGAUUCCUCGAAGCAAUUGUGAUGUCAUCAAAUUCCGAUUGUUGAUUUUCAGAUUAGAUUGCUGUGGUCAUUAAAUACACAAUUUAGUGGAAAAAUAUGGAUGGAAGCUAAUUUGGCUUGCUGAUUGUAAAACUAAUAAUUUUUCACAUCAGUUAUCAAGUAUUUAUUGUUUUUUUUUAUUUGUUCAUGUACAUCAUCUAUUGAUUUGCUCCUCUAUUC